AUUGGAACCAUUUCCCUGUUUGAUCGAUAGGUUUUAUGGGUGUUAUGACACCUCCACUGUGGGGCUCUGUGAAGGAGUACAAAAAUGAAGGUGCCUUGGCUUCAAAACAGCGUCCUCUGUUAGUAAUCUCUGUGUGUAUAUAUGAAAAUCGUUGGGCGGAGCUCGAGACAACGAGGUACACCGUUUGAAAGAGAGGAACCUUAACGGCGGUGGGUACGCACGCACGCUAUUGCAUCCAUUGCUAUUUUUCCUAAUGGCAACGGAGGAAAAAAGGAAAUCGGUGCCGCAGGCUGUAUCAGCAGUCGGCUCGUUACCGACACCUCAGGGCUACAAUAAUAAUAACAACAACAAUAACAAUAAAGACGGCGAGGUAAGCGAGAAUACGACCACCUCGAGCGCUACCGAAUCAAGUGGGACGGAAACGCACAGCAUCGGGAACGGUUGUGGAGUCAAUACAACAGUGGGAAAUAACGGGAAAUGGGUCCGUUUGAACAUCGGCGGUACCGUAUUCCUCACAACGCGGCAUACCCUACUCAAAGAACAGACUUCCUUUCUCUAUCGGCUCUGUCAACAACAGGACUUGCAUUCGGACACGGAUGAGACAGGGGCCUAUGUGAUAGACAGAGACCCCACCUACUUUGGCCCCAUCCUCAACUACCUGCGACACGGCAAACUAGUCUACAACAAGGAGUUGGCUGAAGAAGGUGUGUUGGAGGAGGCUGAGUUCUACAACAUCACUCCUCUGAUCAAACUGAUCAAGGAGCGGAUCCUGGAGCGGGACUGUAAAGUCACACAGCAGGUGCCUCCUAAACAUGUGUACCGGGUGUUGCAGUGCCAGGAGGAGGAGCUGACUCAGAUGGUUUCCACCAUGUCGGACGGCUGGAAGUUUGAGCAGGUCAGCGUACGCGCCUGCAGAAAGCCCCGCACUGGACUGCUCUGGACUAUGGUGAACAUUGGUUCGUUGUACAGCUAUGGGACAGAGGACCAGGCAGAGUUUCUGUGUGUGGUGUCCAAGGAGCUACACACACCUGGCUCAGGCCUGGGCACUGAACAGAGCCACAAGACCAAGGCUUCAGAGGUGCAGGAGGAGGAGGGAGGAGAGAGAAAUACCACCCUGAAUGAGUGCAAAAGGGAAUGACAGUCUUGUGUCAAUGUUCCAAGGACGUGAAUGGCUUUUUCACAUCCAUGGAUCCCGGAUGUACUAGAGAGAUAUGUAUUUUUUUAGCUUGACAUUCCAUUAUGUGUUUGUUUAUAUAUUUUGUAUUGUUGUUGCUUUGGGAAAAAAAACUACCAAUAAAUGCUCAAACAUUA